AUGAAAUCACUUCUUUGGCUUCUCACACUCGUCAUAGUGUUUGGGGUGUCAUCGGCAUUCCACACCCCCAAACCGCCGCUACGUUGUUCCAACAGGGCAAAGCUCUAUUCAUAUUCUUCUCAAAAUGACGAGAGCUUAAACUCAGUGGGAGAUUAUGUGAAGCAAGUUCAUGGGGGCAAAUAUCAGUUUGGUGAUGCCGGAAUCAAUAGCAUUGGUCAAGAGUUUGCAGAGACUGGAUAUGGCUCCGAAGCCCCAAAAGAAGAUGUCGAGUCCUCGCUGCUAGCAGAAAUUCCUCGUUGGGCAAAUCGAAUGGGAACGGAAAGAGGUAUAGAAUCAAAACUUUGUGGUACCAUAUCCCUUAGUUCUAGUCCAGUAUCCAUCAGCAUUGUGAAUGAGGAGCGGACAUGGGAACCUUUCUACGUCAAGGUCCUCAUAACAGCUGCUAAUGAACCCCAAACUGAUGCUUCUGGAAGCUUUGAUGAUACCCACCCACUCUCCAUCCACCCUAGAGCGGGUACACUAGCUCCUAGAGGUGGAGCAGUGAACCUAUGCGAUCCAAACAAACCAUAUUCAGACGCCGCAACCAUCACGGUCGACGCUUCUGGCGACUUGUCGUUGUUGUUGUCAGAAGAACAUGCUCUCUAUGUGCUGAUAGGUACCGAGGAAGAGAAAUGGUAUUACCAAAUAGAAAGGUGA